GACACCAUGAGCCUCAGUGAGGAGCAGGUGCAGCACUUCCUGGACCAGAACCCCGACUUCACGGACCAGUACUUCGGGAAGACGCUGAGCCCCGAGCAUGUGGCUGGCGCCUGCGGGGACGGGCAGCCCACGGACUGCGCCAGCUUCCGCGAGCUGUGCCAGGUGGAGGAGAGCGCGGCGCUGUUCGAGCUGGUGCAGGACAUGCAGGAGAGCGUGAACAUGGAGCGCGUGGUGUUCAAGAUCCUGCGGCGCCUCUGCACCAUCCUGCGUGCUGACCGCUGCAGCCUGUUCAUGUACCGGCAGCGCAACGGCGUGGCCGAGCUCGCCACGCGCCUCUUCAGCGUGCAGCCAGGCAGCGCCCUGGAGGACUGCCUGGUGCCCCCCGACUCGGAGAUCGUCUUCCCGCUGGAUAUUGGGGUGGUGGGCCACGUGGCUCAGACCAAGAAGAUGGUGAACGUCCAGGACGUGACAGAGUGCCCCCACUUCAGCCCCUUCGCCGAUGAGCUGACCGGCUACGAGACCAGGAACAUCCUGGCCACACCCAUCAUGAACGGCAAGGACGUGGUGGCUGUCAUCAUGGCCCUGAACAAGCUCGACGGCCCGUGUUUCACAAGCGAGGACGAAGACGUUUUUCUGAAGUACCUGAACUUCGGCACCUUAAACCUGAAGAUCUACCACCUGAGCUACCUUCACAACUGCGAGACGCGCCGAGGCCAGGUGCUGCUGUGGUCGGCCAACAAAGUGUUUGAGGAGCUGACGGACAUCGAGAGGCAGUUCCACAAGGCCUUCUACACGGUGCGGGCCUACCUGAACUGUGACCGCUACUCCGUGGGCCUCCUGGACAUGACCAAGGAGAAGGAAUUCUUUGACGUGUGGCCUGUGCUGAUGGGAGAAGCGCAGCCGUACUCGGGCCCACGCACACCCGACGGCCGUGAAAUCGUCUUCUACAAGGUCAUCGACUACAUCCUCCAUGGCAAGGAGGACAUCAAGGUCAUCCCCUCGCCCCCCGCCGACCACUGGGCCUUGGCCAGCGGCCUUCCGACCUACGUGGCAGAAAGCGGCUUUAUCUGUAACAUCAUGAACACCGCCGCGGACGAGAUGUUCACGUUCCAGGAAGGGCCCCUGGACGACUCGGGCUGGGUCAUCAAGAACGUCCUCUCCAUGCCCAUCGUCAAUAAGAAGGAGGAGAUCGUGGGGGUUGCCACGUUCUACAACAGGAAGGACGGGAAGCCCUUCGAUGAGCAGGAUGAGGUCCUCAUGGAGUCCCUCACUCAGUUCCUGGGCUGGUCGGUACUGAACACCGACACCUACGACAAGAUGAACAAGCUGGAGAACCGCAAGGACAUCGCCCAGGACAUGGUCCUGUACCACGUGAGAUGCGACAAGGACGAAAUCCAGCUGAUCCUGCCAACGAGGGAGCGCCUGGGGAAGGAGCCUGCGGACUGUGAGGAGGAUGAGCUGGGAAUACUCUUGAAGGAGGUGCUGCCGGGGCCAAGCAAGUUCGACAUCUACGAGUUCCACUUCUCGGACCUGGAGUGCACGGAGCUGGAGCUGGUCAAGUGCGGCAUCCAGAUGUACUACGAGCUGGGCGUGGUCCGCAAGUUCCAGAUUCCUCAGGAGGUCCUGGUGCGCUUCCUGUUCUCCGUGAGCAAAGGGUACCGGAGGAUCACCUACCACAACUGGCGCCACGGCUUCAACGUGGCCCAGACCAUGUUCACGCUGCUCACGACGGGCAAGCUGAAGAGCUACUACACGGACCUGGAGGCCUUCGCCAUGGUGACGGCGGGCCUGUGCCACGACAUCGACCACCGCGGCACCAACAACCUGUACCAGAUGAAAUCCCAGAACCCCCUGGCCAAGCUCCACGGCUCCUCCAUCCUGGAGCGGCACCACCUGGAGUUCGGGAAGUUCCUGCUCUCCGAGGAGACCCUGAACAUCUACCAGAACCUGAACCGGCGGCAGCACGAGCACGUGAUCCACCUCAUGGACAUAGCCAUCAUCGCCACCGACCUGGCACUCUACUUCAAGAAGAGGACAAUGUUCCAGAAGAUCGUGGAUGAGUCUAAGAACUACGAGGACAGGAAGAGCUGGGUGGAGUACCUGUCCCUGGAGACGACGCGGAAGGAGAUAGUCAUGGCCAUGAUGAUGACGGCGUGUGACCUGUCUGCCAUCACCAAGCCCUGGGAAGUCCAGAGCAAGGUUGCUCUGUUGGUGGCGGCUGAGUUCUGGGAACAAGGGGACUUGGAAAGAACAGUUCUGGAUCAGCAGCCUAUUCCGAUGAUGGACCGGAACAAGGCAGCCGAGCUCCCCAAACUACAGGUUGGCUUCAUCGACUUCGUGUGCACGUUCGUGUACAAGGAGUUUUCCCGUUUCCACGAAGAGAUCCUGCCCAUGUUCGACCGACUGCAGAACAACAGGAAGGAAUGGAAGGCCUUGGCUGAUGAGUACGAGGCCAAGCUGAAGGCCCUGGAGGAGGAGAAGCAGCAACAAGAGGACAGGACGACAGCCAAGAAAGCGGGCACAGAGAUUUGCAACGGUGGCCCCGCACCCAAGUCUUCCACCUGCUGCAUCCUGUGAGCUGCUCCCGGGUUCGGACGGCGCCCCCGCCUCUAAGGGUUUGCUACAUGUGAGGAAGCCCCAGAAAAUGACUAAAGACAAUUUUGGAUAUCUUGAAACUUUUUUAAGAUCUGUGUUUUUAUAAACUCAACUAUGAAUAAAGUUUAGUGUACCUCA